GAGCGCGCACGCCUCGCCCGACCCGCGGCCACCGCGACCGGUCCUAGGCCUCCCCUUCGCCGAGCCGGGACGGGCCGCGCCCCAGCCCGCGACCCCAGGGAAGCCGCCCAGCGGAAAAAGAGGACGAGGAGAAGGAAGAGGAGGACGGGGGGAGGAAGAAGAAGAAGAGGAGGAGGAGGAGGAGGAGGGGAAGGGGGUGUGGGCGGCGGUAAGAUGGCGGACUUCCUGCCGUCGCGCUCGGUGCUGUCGGUCUGCUUCCCCGGCUGCCUGCUGACCAGCGGCGAGGCCGAGCAGCAGCGCAAGUCCAAGGAGAUCGACAAGUGCCUGUCGCGGGAGAAGACCUACGUCAAGAGGCUCGUCAAGAUCCUCCUCCUCGGCGCCGGCGAGAGCGGCAAGUCCACCUUCCUCAAGCAGAUGCGCAUCAUCCACGGCCAAGACUUCGACCAGCGGGCCCGGGAGGAGUUCCGCGCCACCAUCUACAGCAACGUCAUCAAAGGUGUGAGAGUGCUUGUAGAUGCCCGAGAGAAACUUCAUAUCCCUUGGGGAGAUCAUUCCAACCAGUUCAAUGGGGAUAAAGUUAUGGCUUUCGACACUCGGGCGGCUAAGGUGGUCCAAGGAAUGGUGGAGACUCAGGUUUUCCUCGAAUACCUUCCUGCUAUCCGAGCGCUGUGGGCAGAUAGUGGAAUCCAGCACGCCUACGAUCGCCGUCGAGAAUUCCAGCUGGGCGAAUCAGUGAAGUAUUUCCUGGACAACUUGGAUAAACUUGGAGAAUCGGAGUACAUUCCAUCCCAACAAGAUAUUCUACUGGCCCGAAGACCCACCAAAGGGAUCCACGAAUACAACUUCGAAAUCAAGAAUGUUCCUUUCAAGAUGGUUGACGUGGGCGGUCAGAGAUCGGAAAGGAAACGGUGGUUUGAGUGCUUCGACAGCGUCACCUCAAUACUUUUCCUGGUCUCUUCAAGUGAGUUUGACCAGGUGCUCAUGGAGGAUCGACAGACCAAUCGCCUCACGGAAUCGCUGAACAUUUUUGAGACGAUCGUCAACAACCGGGUUUUCAGCAACGUCUCCAUAAUUCUCUUCUUGAACAAGACGGACUUGCUUGAGGAGAAAGUACGAAUCGUCAGCAUCAAAAACUAUUUCCCCGAAUAUGUAGGGGACCCCCACUGCCUAACAGACGUCCAGAAAUUCCUGGUGGAGUGCUUCCGGAAUAAACGCCGGGACCAGCAGCAGAAGCCCCUCUAUCACCACUUCACCACUGCUAUUAACACGGAAAAUAUCCGUCUGGUUUUCCGCGAUGUGAAGGACACCAUCCUUCACGACAACCUCAAACAGCUUAUGCUCCAGUGAUGUGCAAGAGACGUUUUCCCCCCGAGUUCUUUUGUGUUUCCGAUUUUUUUUUUUCCAAAAUAGCAGUUUACAACCCAAGGUGGAAACUAUAAUCCUUCUCUUUCAAUUUCUUAGAAAACUUUGGUGCCCACUCCGGGUUUAUGGGUAAAGGCUGCAGAAUUAAAACCUUAUUGCCAAUUAAUUCAGGCUUUAAUCCUUUCCACUGUAGCUUCAAGCUGAGUCAAGUUGUAAUUUUUCUAGCAGACCUCAGAUGAGAUGUAUUUCAGGCUUUAAUCCCUCCCACUUUUCCCAUAGUAAUUGUUAACUUAUAGGUAAGCGGUUAAGAGUAUUCUGAAACAUGUUUCCUCAUGUGAUAGGGGUGACUUAUUCAUCCUUUGGCUACUCAAGGGCUGUAGAAAAAAGUUUGACCCAAGGGAUCCAAAUCCCAUUGGUUUACCACUGAAUUGGCCUUAAUUUUUUUUUAAGCGGAUAUUAAACUUUCUGUUGUCGUAGUUGGCUUUUUUUUUUCUGGGGAGUGGGGUUGGAAAAAAUUAUGCCUUUUAAAAUGACAUUGUUUGUAUUUUAAAGUUUACAUAUACAUUUCUGGUUUGAAACGAUUGAAAAGUAUGCACAAGUGGUACAGAGGAAACCAAGGUGUGUGCGGAUGCCACGUAGUUCUUUAGUGAGAGUUAAUCAUAAGAUGUAGUUAAACCAUCUCAAUUUUCCUUAUUUAAUGGUGUAUUUAACAUUAACAGUGUACUACCAUGUGUUGAACAUUCUGGCAGUAUCAGUGAUACAAAGCUGGAACUUGCUGACUGAAUAAAUGAAUGUGGCCUUUUUAUAAUUUUUUCAUUGAUUUAACUUUCCAGAUUUUUAAAGCACCCCGGUCACAUGGACAACAUGACCACAAUCCAGCUACAUUACAAGAAAUACUUUUUCUCUUUCAUUCGGUUCUCUCAACUUCGAGCAUGAGGCCUUAAUGAGUUACCUGUCCAUUGAACCUCACCACAUCCCUCAGUCUUCUCCCCACCUCUCCCUCCCUACCCCCAAGAAAUUACUGUUUAUUUUAGGAGGGUGCAUACAUUGAGAUCAUUUCUCUUUGCAAAAUACUUUACAAUCCAAGGUGCAUUUGAACUUAUAAGGCCUUGUGGUUUAGGUUUUGGGUUUGUCACCUGCAGCUGGUUGAGUUUUGACCUCCUAACCAUUGCACCCUGCUUUGUUAGUGCACUGCUCCCAAUCACAAUUUCAAAUUGGAAUCCUAUUGAAACUACUUUGAUUCCCAUUGCGCUCAUUUUCAGACAAUGAGAACAGUUGUGGUUCAAAUAGCAAAUGCUGUCUUUUAGUGUACGUAUAAUUGAAUUCAGGUCCAGAGAAACAGAUACGUGAUUUUUGCAGUAAUAAACAAAAGCAGACCUUUUUUUUUCCUGAAAAUUGUGGUUAUGACUGUGAUUUAGGUCAUUUGACUGUAGCUGACUGUGUUCUCAGGUAUUUUAAUGGUUAGAAAUUCCUUGAAUGUAUGGUUAAAACUAUGUAUUUCUAGGUCUUGGAGGGACUAGAGAGCUUAGUUUUCUAUACUGUCUGGCAUAAGUAUGACGCUUCAGUGAGCCAUCUAACCAGGUUUUUUUCUUAAAUUCUUACCACAAUUAGCUUUUCUUUUCUUGUAGGUCCCAGGAACAUUAUAUACGUAUUUACAUUUCAGUAUUUCUCUUUUGGGGUGGGGGGGGCGGGGAGGGAAUGCAUGAGUGUUGAAAGAGGCACUCUGACAUCAUGAUGUAUGCCUUUAACUGAAUUCGUAUAUGUCCAAAUGGUUUUUUCCUCAUCUAUUGCUUCUUGGCAAAUAGAAUCCCAGGGGUUUUUUAAAUUUACGGGGAUAGCAUCUUUCAGUGUCUUUGAAGCUCAGUAAACACACCGGUCGAUCUUUUCCAAGGAAAGGUGUUAUAUCAAGCUAUCAAGUACAAAUUGAAAUAAAGGAUUAUUCAGCAUUGAUAGAGGCUGAAGCAAGGUUAUUUUUCGAAAAGGUAUCGUUUCGUGUUUGUACAAUUGACAUUUAAGAUGUACAGCCUGCAGUUUAAAUCCAACCAGUUAUACUCUGGAGAAAGAAGAAUUCAUCAGGCACUCCCCAAGAUGCCAGAGUGUGGGAUCUGUUGGUGAAAAGGAAACAUUAUAUUUUCUACAGUGUGAUUUCCUCCUCUUUUUGAUGUGAUGUGCCACUCGGGAUACUUGAAAAAUGUCAAGGGAGGGAAACUUUGAGGCGGUAAAAUCAAUAAAGUGCUUCAAAAGUUCACUCGUUGAAAAAUAUAGUGGAACGGCAAGCCUAUCUAUGUAUGCCACAUAUUUGAGAAACUGUGGGAAAGAAGCUUAGAGACCAUAAGCUUGCAGCACUGAAAUUGGUCCAUUUGGAAUACCACUAUAUGGGGAAGGGAAGGAACGGGGGAAGAAAAUGAUAGUUUAGGUCAUAGGAGGGAGGAAGAAGUCUGUAGCCUUCUGAUUUUUUCACCAUGCCAAAUUAUUUCCCCUAAAAGUAUCUUACCCAACAAAGGUGUAGCUUUUGGAUCGACUUGGGGUGGCUGGGUUUUGGUUUUUCAUUUUUCAUAUUGUCCAUAAUUUGAUUUUUGAAUUUCCAUUUCUGAUAAUCAUUAGACAAUUUCGAGUUGGUGUUUGUGAACCUUGGUGCCUAAUUUUAGUCUGAGUUAUAGUCUCUGAUUUUUGGAUCAGGGGCCUUGAGAAAACUCCACAGUCUGUACUGAGUGGCCUUAUCCAUCCAAAGAGACUUUGCAGAAAACUCAUCCUUGAAAUUGAAUUGAGCAGGAGUAAGGAGUUUCAUGGAAGGCUUUCAGCAAACUGAAAAAGCCAAUCAAGCACUUAUGCCAAUCAAAAUUUGAUACUCUGAUCCUGGAAUGCCAUUUAGUUCAUUGGAGGUAAAAAGCCAAAGUGUUGAUUUUGUUGUGGAAAUGUGCCCAGUUGGGAACACCCAUUUCUACAAAGUAAUGUCCUCUGUGGAAAGUGAAAAGAUCCAUUUCAUUAUAUUUCAAUCUACUUUUGGAUUCCUUCUACAUACUGAUAUUUAGAUAGUCGGUUUGCAGAAUGGAUUUCUAGAUUGGAGCAAAGGAUAAAUAAAACAUUUUCAGUUGCACUCUUAUUAGAAACCCAGAGAAUAUAGCAAAGAAGUGUGAGCAAGAGGAAAAAUAUAAAGAAAAAUAGUAUGAUUAUGGGAAGCAGGGCACAAAUUAACAUUAAAUAGGGUUUGGAUUUUGGAGCAAGGGAUUUGGAUGACAAAAUUUCAUGUAGAUAAAAUCUCUCUGAAUAAAUGUAAUCAGCAUUGGAGCACGUGUGUGUGCCCAGAUGUCUUGAUGUAAACAAAGUCUGUCCAUUCUCCUAAGCGAUGUUUUAUUCAGUGUCUUGAAGGAACUCUUAAAUCUUACUCAGAAAAUCCUCCAAGUGUCUUAUUUAAUAUUAAUAAAUCCAAAUAAAUGAAGAUGGGUAUCCAGCUAAGGCUUUCUCCAACUUAAAAUCGUAGCAUUGGGUUUUACUUUGGUGUACAAAAUUAUAAAGAGAUGGAGUAUUGGUGUCUACCCUAAACUUCCUGUGUGAAUUGGUGAAACUGUGUGCAGAGGCCAGCUGAAAAGUAUAGAAGAAACUCUGCAGAAACUUAGUGUCUAGCCUCCAUGGGCUCUGCUCAGUGUAUUUUAUCUUGAAAUGAUUUCCAGUAAAAACAAUCAUGUAAUUCUUUUCCAGCUGUCAGUUUAAGCUAAACCCUGGCCCCUGACCCAUUAUUUCACUGUCUUAUGCCCUUGAGUACAGUUUCUAAUGGCAAGUUUUCAUUUUUAAAUGUGGCAAGAUAGAAAUUUGGUUUCCUAGUCUCGCAACCGUGAAGCAUGUGAUUGUUGAAGGUUGAUAUCAAGGCACAGAUGAGGAUGAAAUGGAACAUUUAAUCAUUUAAUAACAAACCUAAAGGCUCAUAAUAAGACCCCUUGUGCCAUGGUACGAAGACAGAGCUGAAAUUGAGGGAGAAAUAGAAAAAACCUGAACUCUUUUUUAAAAAAAAAAAAAAAUCAGACAUUUGCAAGUAUGUGUUUUCCUAGUCCCAUCUGAUAGACACCAGACUUGGUGUGUGAACUGAUCAGCCACCUGAUUUGAGGUACAGUCUGCAGCACCCCCAUCUCAUGCAGAGUCUCUUCACCUGGACUUCUGUGGAAACUUGAAGUUUCGGUCGGUAUGUUAAAUGCCGAAGUGUUCAAGUCUAAACAUUCGGUACCGGAGAUGGACGGCUUGUUGAGAAGCACUCCUUCCUGUCAGGUUGGAGCUGCAGACAGGGUUUAUCGCAGUGUAGGAUCUUCAGUGGAGACGUCUGGCCCGCUCAGUCUCCCUUUAUUCCCUGUGACCUCCAUCUGCACCCCAGUCAGUCGACAGGUCCGAACGGGGCAGAUUGCGAUAUACCAGUUACUGGUAGUUUCAAACAACUUGUUGGAUUAUUUUUGUUGUUUUGCCAACCCCAAAGGGCACAGUUCUAAAUUGUUGUUUUUGUUUUGUUUUGACUCAUCAAACUCCGACUCGCCUCCCCCGACCGCCGCCCCAACCCCACCUGGUUGAUAGUACCAGAACAAAUAAGUUAGUCCUUGGGAAAUUACAUGUCACGACCAACUGUGCCAUUUGCCAUUUCUUUGCCUUUUACUUGAAAAUGGAUAACUGAAUUGCAGAAUAUUUAAAAUGGCUUUCCUGUAUUAUACAGCGGCGAGAGCUCAGCCAUCAAACGCCUUAUCAAAGUAUAUUUUGUAACAACCUUGAUAGAUACAGUAUCUAAUAAAACCUGAGUUGUAUUAGCUCUGUAUAAAUGUGUUUGUGGCUUAGGAUUUUUUUAUACAUAUAACUUUUUAUAACUUUCCAGGGACUAAGCAUCUUCUGAUACCGUUGUAAAUUUUUUUUUAAUCUGUGCUUUAGUUCAGGAUUGGCAAUAAAUUAUUUUCGAAGGAGGUCUAAAAAGUAGAAGACAUCAUUGGGUUUUAUAAAGUGCUUAAGUUGCUAAUUCCGUAAAGCUUUUUACUUUGUACAUACCUUGCAAACAUUUUGCCUUUCGCUAUGAAUAUUUGCAUUGUAAAAAAAAAAAUUACUGACGUUUAAUAAACACAUUUACACCAGCCCA